AUGGUUGGAGAGGGUACCUAUGGAAAGGUUUAUAAAGCUCGAAAUACAAUAACAGGUAAAAUGGUAGCAUUAAAAAGACUGAGACUAGAGGGAGAAAGAGACGGAUUCCCUAUUACAUCCAUUCGAGAAAUCAAACUUUUGCAAAGUUUUGAUCACCCUAAUAUUUCUACUUUAAAAGAAAUAAUGGUAGAAUCUCAAAAAACCGUGUAUAUGAUAUUUGAAUAUGCGGACAACGAUCUGAGUGGGCUUCUUUUGAAUAAACAGAUAGAUAUUGGACCUGCACAGUGUAAACAUAUUUUUAAACAACUUUUACUUGGAAUACAAUAUUUGCAUGAAAAUGGAAUUUUACAUCGAGAUAUCAAAGGAUCUAAUAUUUUAAUAGACAAUAAAGGACAACUAAGGAUUACAGAUUUCGGUCUAGCAAGAAAAAUUAAAGCGAGCCAUGACUAUACUAAUAGGGUCAUAACGUUGUGGUACCGGCCACCUGAACUAUUGCUCGGUUCAACUACUUAUGGUUUUGAAGUCGAUAUGUGGGGAUGUGGAUGUGUUUUGAUUGAAAUGUUCAAUAAAAGCUCAAUAUUUCAGGGACAAAAUGAGUUGGAACAAUUAGAUUCCAUCUUCAAAAUAAUGGGCACACCAUCAAUUGAAAAAUGGCCCAAGCUUUUUGAAAUGCCAUGGUUUUUCAUGGUCAUGCCCCAACAGAGUAAAAGAUAUGAUAAUGUCUUCAAAGAAAGAUAUGGCUCCCUUAUUCCAUCCGAGAAUUGCAUAAAAUUAAUAGAGGGUUUACUAGACUAUAAUCAAAGAACGAGACUUACAGCAACCCAAGCAUUACAAAGCGAAUAUUUUAAAGAAGACCCUAAACCUGAACCAUUAAGUUUAGAAGGAACACCAGGAUGUCAUGAAUAUGAGGUAAAAUUAGCUAGAAAACAAAAAAGAGCUAAAGACGUCGAGGACCAGUCUUCAAAAAAAGAUAUCUCCAAAUAA